CGAGUAGUGUCUCGCAGUGUAGCUACGCCAUUAGAUGGAAGGGGACAUCAUGGCGAUGUGGGUCUGUAUGUUGAUGGUUGGAACUGUACUUGGCGGUCAAGAAAGAACAUAUGUGACGGUGUUUACUGAGAACUUACGGGCCGCCUCUGCAAGCACGCCAUUGUACAUGUCUCUGUACAUCAGCUCAUCGUGUCCACAGCCAGUGAUAGUUGAAGUGUUUGUUCCGUACCUUAACACCGCAGCUCCUUUCCAAAACCUCACGCUUGACCCAGGACAAAGAACCAAGGUCACAUUGCCUGCUGAUGUUCAGAUGCCUAAAGGGACGAGGACGUCAAACAGGAUUAUCCGCGUCGUGGCUUCCGACGAUAUCACAGUAUUGGCACUAAACGCAGAACCGUCGAACCUUGAUAUGUAUCAAGUGAAAGAGACGAGUCAACUGGGAAAGGAGUAUGUGGUCGUGGCGCCGGACUCUUACACUGCCCAAUCUGCAGCUACGGUGGGAGUAGUCUCCCCUUUUCCAAACACUGAAGUGAAGGUCACACUUCCAGACAUGCAUCCUACCAUUUCUGCAGUAAUAAAUGGAGCCCCAAAGAUAUUAUCUAGAGAGUUCUCAAUCACACUGCAGGGAAACCAGACGUUUCAGAUUCAGUCCGUUAACGAACUUUCUGGAAUGUACAUUGCAUCUAACAAACCCAUUGCCGUUUUGACUGGAGUAAACAGGACAAAAUCUUCCGACGGUCUGUGUUUGGACGGGCAGAUAACCCAGCUUCUUAGUUUGGACAAGAUAGGCACGAAAUACAUUGCAUUUGGGUUACCUUUGUCUGAUACUAAAGACUAUAUAAACAUUGUCUCCACACAAGCUGGCACGGACAUCUCAUUUGAUGGAACUACGAUAAAACUCACCAGUGCAAGGGAGGUAACUAGAAAACGUAUUCAGCGAAAUCAGUUCAAAUUGAUUGAAAUGUCUAAACCAGCAGUCGUAUCCAUGACAACUGCAUCAGGUAAAUCACCCACUAUCCAGGGUGAUGUGUCCAACUACAUGCUCCAUCCUCUUCCACUGAGGGACCUCGUCUACACAAUCACAAUGCCGGACGCCACGGCUUUCUCCAGCCCUCGAAGAUACCUUGUCGUCAUGGUUGAGAACGAUGGCGUGGGUGACAUUCUGUUGGACGACGUUGUCAUCUCAGGAGCCUCAUGGGUACCAGUCACGGGCACCAAUAUUUCAGCAUGCUUCUAUUCGGUGACAGAUAAUACGGAGGCCAGAGUCCUGAGACACAGACGAGGAAAGCCGUUGGCUGUGUAUUUGCAGGGCUUCAGUCAUUGUAAUGCAUACUCUAUUGCAUUUGAAGCCAAUGAAAGAGAUAAACUUCUCCCUGAAGCCAACCGAUUACAAGUUUACUCCCGAAAACUACGUGCAAACCCAGGAAAAAGAAAGACGUCACAACGGAUGAAGUUGCUCACUGUAUCGUUUCUACAAGUUUGUUUCUCCUUCUGUCUCAACUACGCGGAAUGUGAAGGCGUGAACUACUUUCUGAACGCUUUGCCGAUGGCCAUCAACUGUGAGCUUCUGUUCACCGAGACUGAUGGACAACAAGACAGUGCUGAAUGGACGUACUAUCAACUCGUUCCAAACUGAUUCUGAUCUUAUUCCACUUAUUGUUAUGUCCUCUUUAUUUCCAGGAUAUGUCCUGUCCUACUCUUUACUCAUGAACAACUAGAACAAGUCAAGUCAAACGAUGAUAUUAAGUGAUGGAAUGGCACUCAAUUACAGUAUGUUUGUACCACUUACCAUUUAGUGACAA